AUGGCGGGCUGGUGGCGGGCGCUUCCACGCGCGGCCCGGCGCUACCCGUGGCCCACCAACGUGCUGCUGUACGCCGGGCUCUUCUCGGCCGGCGAUGCGCUGCAGCAGCAGCUGCGGAGCGGCCCGGCCGACUGGCGCCAGACGCGGCGCGUGGCCACCCUGGCCGUGAUCUUCCACGGCAACUUCAACUACGUGUGGCUGCGCCUGCUGGAGCGCGCGCUGCCGGGACGCGCACCGCGCACCGUCCUGGCCAAGGUGCUGUGCGACCAGACGGUCGGAGGGCCCAUCGUGCUCUCAGCCUUCUAUGCUGGUAUGAGCAUUCUCGAGGGAAAGGAUGACAUAUUUUUGGACCUAAAACUGAAAUUCUGGAAUACAUAUAAGAUACUGGGCUCGUCCUCAGUGAGAGAACUGGAGAUUGGGACCCUCUGA